AUGGGUGAUGUUGAGAAGGGCAAGAAAAUUUUUGUUCAGAAGUGUGCCCAGUGCCAUACUGUGGAAAGGGGAGGCAAGCACAAGACUGGGCCAAAUCUGCACGGUUUGUUUGGGCGGAAGACUGGUCAGGCCCCUGGAUUCUCUUACACAGAUGCCAAUAAGAGCAAAGGCAUCACCUGGGGAGAGGACACACUGAUGGAGUAUUUGGAGAAUCCUAAGAAGUACAUCCCUGGAACAAAAAUGAUCUUCGCUGGCAUUAAGAAGAAGGGAGAAAGGGCAGACUUGAUAGCUUAUCUCAAGAAAUCUACUAAUGAGUAA